GGGGAAUCCCUUGGAGCGCCUCUUAGUUUUCCCGAAGCGCGUUGUGCAUUCUGGCUGAGAAAACUGAACGAACUCCACCUGCAAGGUGGAAGCACCAAUCAGCAAAAAUUGGUGACGAUAUCUUAGUGUGGGGAGGACAAACGAUCGAUAAAGCGACUGGAGAAAAGAUCCUGUUACCUAACGAGGACAUAUGGUGUUUCAAUGUAGUCAACAAGCAAUGGAGCUUGAAGAAAGCGAUCCCUGGCUCCCAAAUUCCUCCUCUGGGAACUGCAGGCCGCUGCUGCGUCUUCAAAUCAAAAGUUUACAGCUAUGGAGGACUAAGGGACGGAGAGAAACCAGAAUUUUAUAGACAUAUGUACACUUUAUGUACCCGUUUGAAUGGAAUGGAAUGGAAGAAUUUAGAAAAGGGUUUUCAACCAAUGUUCCGGGGACCUCGAGCUGUGUCACUAACCUAUCCAGUUGGUCAGAAAGACUGUGGACUGAGUGUGAUAGGAGAUAAAAUUUUGAUGACAGGAGGAUACGGUUUAGAGGAUACGAGAGCUGGAAAAUCAGCAGGGUAUGAGUGGGUGGAGUCAAUGGAUGGUGAAGGCUGUAGCAAUGAUCAGUUUGUGUUCAACACGUUGAGCUCUACGUGGCUUGAAAUGAACACACAUGGUAGACGACCGCCACCAAGAAGUGGCCAUAGUCAGGUAACUGUGACUGAAAAUAGAGUUGCUGUGUAUGGAGGAAGCAGCAAGAGUGGGAAGAAGAGUGACUUGUGGGUCUUAGACUUGUCAAAAAAAAGGUGGGAAGAAAUUGCAAUUAAAAGACAGUCGCCCUGUGCUAGAAUGCAGCACACAGGAUUAUUAUUACAGUCAUCAGUGCUGAUUCUCUGGGGAUCAAAAUCUUAUGGAAAAGUGUGCGAGGAUGGCUUUUUAAUUGAUAUCGAUACUGGCAAUUGUACUGGCAUUGGUCAACUACUGACUAUUGAAGGUGAGUACCUGGCCAUGCGACUUCACACUUCUUGCUGUUUUCAAGCGAGAGAUGGGAAAUACUAUGUUGUAACUAUUGGUGGGACAACAGAUGGCUCAUCUGAUCACAAUAGAAAACCAACAGCACAUAUCAAUACUUUGAAAUGGGAUCCUGCUAGGCCAACAGUGUUGACUGCAAUUACACAACAAGAUGCCUUGGCUCUUCAGCGGCAAAUUCGAGGUAAAAAUGAACAGAUAGAACAGUUGGAGAGACAGCUGCUGGAUGAGAAAAAGGAAAAAGAGGCGUUGAUGAUGCAAAAUGACGAUUUAAAGAUGGAAAUCGACAUGUUAAAGCAGAAAGACAAGCAACCGGUUUUGCACACAGAACCAAUAAUGCAAGAAUUGAACAAAGUCAAUCGAAGUGUUCAGAAUCUCGGGGAAAAGGUGGAUGAUCUGAAACAACAGCAUAACUCUUCUAAUGAUGCAGACAAAUCAGGACAAAUUGCAGUCGCCACUUCAACUAACUUCUUAUUUGAUGAUGAUUUGGAUAAGCGUAUUUGUGAUGACCAUAUUGACAUUAUUGUCAAUUUUUCUCAUUCUCGCUGGUUUCAUCUUGCCAGAAGUCUACCUGGCUAUACAGAAUCGGAUAUCAAAGAUAUUGUGUCUGGUAUAUCUCAAUACACAGGAGAAGUAAGAAAUUCUGAUCGGCUGCGGCAUGUGCUGAAGACAUGGAUAUCAAGAGAUGGUCGAUUUGCAACACUACGGAAAGCUCUUGAUGCAUGUCAGAAAGCACAGACAAUAGGAGCUGUGGUGACUGCACUAGAAAACUCAAUGAAAAUGAAUUGAGAUAUAACACUUUAAUCAAAAUGGACAAUUGAUUGAGCUAUUUGGGAAUGUCGCAAACACUGCUACAGUAAUUGUGAACUUUUUUAUAUGACAUCUACAUUCUAUUAUUUUGUGCAGACAUUGUACCUACUAUUUUAUGUAGGUCGUUUAGAUUGUUAGACGUGCCAUUUGUGUGUACUUACAUAAACGUUUAAUAAGUAAUGGA